ACUUACGGGUUCCGGAUCCCCAAAUCGCAUCGUAAGAUAAGCCUGAGAUUGCAUACAAGAGCCCUCGGCAAGGGACCACCAUAACUUGGCCCUGAGUUGUAGCAUGUGGCAGCCAAUGACCGCAGUCGUAGAGCCGAUUACGUGAAAACCGAGGGAGUUGUUUGUUUUGACUUGGUGACUCGUCUCGUUGAACGGAGUAUAGAGUCGGCUGUGCGAAAUCCCAGCUCUCUCACGCUCACCCAACCGCUCCGCUCGACCGCAGAAGCGGAAGUCACAAGCGAGGUUCCCAACAACGGAAAAAUCCGUAGAGGUGGCAACACUGAGUCAACAUGUCAAGGAUGAACAAAAACGUAUCGGACGAAAGGUCUGUUCUUACGUGAACACAAAUCGUUCAUUAUCUUUUAUUAUUGUUUUAAGAAAUGACAUUAAGUCGUAUCCAAAAAUAUUUCGUGAAAAUUAAUUUAGUUUGUUUUACAAUCUUACAAACUACAAUUUGUGAAACGAUAAACGCUAAUGUUGAAUCAAGAAUAGAAGGAGAAGGAUUUCAUAGAUCCUUAAAAUAUCAAAUAAAUUUCGAUAAUCAAAUAUUGGGAUGUUAUGUUUCUAUUUAUUUGGAACUUCCAUCUGGUUUGUACGUCAAUGUUAAUGAAUUAAGUAAUUUAAGAAGCCUCAGAGUUAAUACAGCUUGUUUGAUUGGAGAAACCAAUAUUGACAUGUUCAGUGAAAAAGCAGAAAUUCAGAAAGUUACUGUUUGUUCGUUUUUAAAUGAUAUACAAUGUAUUAUGAAACUACCAGUACAUCAACGCUAUCAAUAUGCCAGUAAAAAUAAUAGAUACGUGAAUAUCACUUUACCAAAACCCAAAUUACUUUUAGGAUGUAGAAAAAGGAUUAAGGAAUACAGAAUUUCUAAGAUAGAUCUAUGUUCUCCAUGUACAAAACUUAUACCCAAAUGGAGAGAAAUUCCCUAUAUUAUGCAUACAGAACAUGUAUGGAUAAUACCAGCUGGUGAUACAAUGAUUCUACCUACAGUAACUUAUACCACAUUAUUAUUAACAAUUUUAUGUACAAUUUAUCUCAUGCAAACAAUUUUGAAAUCUAUGUCGAAACAACAUCAAAAGAAAGAAUAAUACGUUUGAAAUAUAAUGACACCAACAUUUUCUAUAAAAUUCUAACGAAGUAAUAUUUACUCAUUAUGUUACAUUUUUAUAAUAAAUAUUAAAUAUAAUACA